AUGUUCAGCUUGUCCCAGGAUGUCCCUGCAACGAUCAACAGCGUCGUGAAGGACAACCCUCGCGGUCAGUUGAAGCUCACGGCCAAAUUAGCCUCGGCCAAUGGCGGAAGCGAUCGGUCGUACUCGACGCCCAUGGCUGCGAGGUACGGCCCGAUGUUGGAGGAAAGGUUCACCCGCAAAGGGUCAGCCAAUGUCUUAUACGUCAAGAACCGUCAAGCAUCUUCCCUCGAAUCGCGAGCUGCCGGUGCCUCUCGCUGGAACUUACACGAGCUUGGACGUGGGAUUGGUGCCUUUCUAUACUGCUCCGUGGCACUGUCUGAGCUGGAAGGUUCCUAG